GCGGAUUGCGUGUGCGGUGUGCGGUGUGGCGUGUGCGAGUGUAGACUGUGUAGUAGCUAGCGAGGCGCGGGAACGCGCGCGCGCAUGAGGGACGCGACCGCUGUUAUAAAUAUUGAUGGAAAUCGAUAAUCAAGAUGCUGGGAGCUAUUUCGUUAGUAUUCGUGAUGUGUGAAAAACUGCAUCGGUUGCUUUGAUGACAUUGUGAUCGCUUCAUCUGUGACGACUGGACCAAGAAUAACUUUAGUAUCAGUCAAUAACCGUGAACGGUGUAGUUGGUGUAGUGUAGUGACCACCGAGUGAGCGUGUGUGCGUGACUGUGCUAUCAUUGACAAUGUGCGUGUGUGUAUCUCUACUGUUGCUCGCUGCAUUGCCCGCUUUUGCAGGGCCGCGCGGCGGAGCGGCGCUGCGGCUGAGCGCGGAGCCGCCGGCCUUCGCGCUGAACCAGCACACAGCGCUAGUGGCGCGCGCCGGUGACAGCGCCGCCCUGCGCUGCACCGUGCUGCGCCUGGCUGACCGCGCGGUGUCAUGGGUCCGCUCCAGUGAUUUGCAGAUCCUGACGCACGCGGGCGCGGUGUUUACGGCGGACUCGCGCGUGUCGUGCUCGAGCGCGCGCGACGCGGGCCACGGGCUGCACGCGGGCGGGCUGGACGCGGGCGGGCUGGACGCGCCACCCGACGCCGACGACAUCCUCACCUCCGAGGAGGACUGGGACCCGUACGCCAGCCUGCACAUCCUGCGCAUCGAGCGGCUGCGGCUGAGCGACUCGGGCCGCUACGAGUGCCAGAUCAAUACGGAACCUAAACUCAGCUUAUUCUACAAUCUUACCGUAAUAGACACAGCGCUCCCCGAGGUGUCGGUGUCGCCGCUGGGCAGCAGCGCGACGCGCGCGGCGCUGGGCGGCGCGGCGCGGCUGGCGUGCGAGGCGCGCUACGUGGCGGCGCCCGGCGCGCAGCUGCCGCCCGCCGCGCUGGCCGCGCUGCCGCCGCUGCGCCUGCGCUGGACGCACAAGGGGGAGACGCUCGAUCCACAGAGCACACGCGGCGGCAUCUCGCUGGACACGGAGCGGUGGGCGGGGCGCGCGGUGUCGCGGCUGACGCUGGCGCGGCUGGCGACGGGCGACGCGGGCCGCUACUCGUGCGCGGCGGCCGGGGCCAGCGCCGACCUCUUCGUGCACCUCUACCGGGACGGCGCUGAUGACCAGGAGUAUGAUAUUAUUGGCGGUGAAAUGGAGAUGCAAAGAGACCAAGCGGAUGCCAGGGUCAGCGCUGCGGCCGUUCACAGCAGCGGCAUCAUGUUAACAGUAAUUUGUUUGCUGCGAAUGGUUGUUACGUGACAGUCAGUCUUCCAACUCUUUGGCUACCCAGGGAACUGACGCGAGCCAAACUUAGAUCUAGGGUCAUUGCACGUUAGGAACGAUGUGAAAAACUGAACUCGAUGUAAAUAUUGUACAGUUAUUUAUAUGAUGUAAAUAAAUGAUUGAAUGACGAA